AUGUUAACUGCGGAACAGCGAACCAGACACAAAGUAAGAGCAGAGGGCGCGUGUGAAAGUUCUAAUUGGACCGUUUUCAGGGCCUUCAUGAGGAAGUUCUCCGUUUCACUACGAUCCAACGUACAACUGUGGUGAGUGAAAUCAGAAAAUUGAAAAAAAAAUCCCCUGAAUGUUUUCAGGUGGCUAAUUUCGGAGAAACUCAUCGGGCCGUCAGAGUUAUCGACGAUCUUCUCAUCGCAACCCGAGAGAUCAUCGCACUUCUUUCGAGAGUGGAGUGGAACCAGUCGCUGGAUGAACAGUAUGUACAGCAGACAGUCCUUCUGGAAAAUCUGAUAGUCAUUCUGACGCCUUUGUUGUCGUAG